CUGUGCCGUCUGUACGUCACGUACUCAAAGAUGGCCGCCCCCAGAGCAGCGAGGCGACUCCGGCGCGGACGCUUCUCCUGAGGAAAAGCCGGAAGGCCGCAUUCCGCUCUCCAUGGAAACGCGGUCUACAGGUCCUGGCUGCCCUGGGAAGAGACAAGAAGUGAAUGAAGAAAGAGGAAGAUUCCAGGACCUAGAUAAUGAUUUUUGUGGACACUCUUCACUGGUGACUGAGGUUUCUAACUAGAAAUUUAAGGCAGAUCCAGAGGAGACAAAGACAGAGUAUCCCAGGUGCUGGCCAUUUCCCACAACAGAAGAAAAUGAUCAAUGCCCAGGAAUUGCUGACACUGGAGGAUGUUACUGUGGAGUUCACCUGGGAGGAGUGGCAGCUCCUGGACCCUUUUCAGAAGGACUUGUACCGGGAUGUGAUGUUGGAGAUCUACAGCAACCUGGUAUCAAUGGGUUAUCAAGUCAGCAAACCAGAUGCACUCUCCAGGUUGGAACGAGGAGAAGAACCAUGGACAAUGGAAGAUGAAAGGCACAGUCGAAUCUGUCCAGAAAACAACAAAGUUGAUGAUCAUCUGCAGGAUCGCUUGGAAAAUCAAAGGAUGCUGAAGAGUAUGGAACAAUACCAUGAACGUAAUGCAUUGGGAAAUACUGCCUCUCAAACCAAAAGCCAUUGUCUUUUCAGGGAAAAUCAUGAUACAUUUGAAUUACAUAUAAAAACUUUGAAAUCAAAUUUAAGUUUAGUCAACCAGAGCAGAAGCUAUGAAAUUAAGAACUCUACUAAAUUUAAUGGAGAUGGGAAAUCAUUUCUUCAUGGUAAGUAUGAAGAACUUUAUUCUGCAGCUAAAUUCUCUGUAAGCACAAAAUCCAGUAGCACUAAAUCCCAAGUCAGUAAGCAUCAGAGAACUCAUGAAAUAGAAAAAACCCACAUAUGCAGUGAAUGUGGGAAAGCAUUUGUCAAGAAGUCACAGCUCACUGAUCAUGAGAGAGUUCAUACAGGAGAAAAACCUUAUGGAUGUACUUUUUGUGCAAAAGUGUUCUCCAGAAAAUCCAGGCUAAAUGAACAUCAAAGAAUUCAUAAAAGAGAGAAAUCUUUUAUAUGCAGUGAAUGUGGAAAAGUCUUCACCAUGAAGAGCCGUCUGAUUGAACAUCAGCGAACUCAUACUGGAGAGAAACCCUACAUAUGCAAUGAAUGUGGAAAAGGCUUCCCAGGCAAGCGUAAUCUCAUUGUACAUCAGCGAAAUCAUACUGGAGAGAAAUCCUAUGUAUGUAGUGAAUGUGGAAAAGGCUUCACUGGGAAGAGCAUGCUUAUCAUACAUCAGCGAACUCAUACAGGAGAGAAGCCCUACAUCUGUAGUGAAUGUGGGAAAGGCUUCACCACAAAGCACUAUGUCAUCAUACAUCAACGAAAUCAUACAGGAGAGAAACCAUAUAUAUGCAAUGAAUGUGGGAAAGGCUUCACGAUGAAGAGCCGUAUGAUCGAACAUCAAAGAACUCAUACAGGAGAGAAACCCUAUGUAUGCAAUGAAUGUGGAAAAGGCUUUCCCAGGAAGAGUAAUCUCAUUGUACAUCAGAGAAAUCAUACAGUAGAGAAGUCAUAUCUAUGUAGUGAAUGUGGAAAAGGUUUUACUGUGAAAAGCAUGCUCAUCAUACAUCAGCGAACUCAUACUGGAGAGAAGCCCUACAUAUGCAGUGAAUGUGGGAAAGGCUUCCCCUUGAAGAGUCGGCUGAUUGUACAUCAGCGAACUCAUACUGGAGAGAAACCUUACAGGUGCAGUGAAUGUGGGAAAGGUUUCAUUGUGAAUAGUGGACUGAUGUUACAUCAGCGAACUCAUACUGGAGAGAAACCAUACAUAUGCAAUGAAUGUGGAAAAGGUUUUGCCUUUAAGAGCAAUCUUGUUGUACAUCAGCGAACUCAUACUGGAGAGAAACCCUUUAUGUGCAGUGAAUGUGGAAAAGGCUUUACCAUGAAACGCUAUCUUAUUGUACAUCAGCAAAUUCAUACAGAAGAGAAAUCUUGUAUAUGUAGUGAAUGUGGAAGAGGCUUUGCAAUGGAAACUGAGCUUGCUUUACAUAAGCAAGUUCAUACUGGAGAAAAACCUUAUGGAUGCAAUGAAUGUGGUAAAGGCUUCACUGUGAAGAGCCGUCUAAUUGUUCAUCAACGAACUCACACAGGAGAGAAACCCUUUGUAUGCGGUGAAUGUAGAAAAGCCUUCUCCUCAAAGAGAAAUCUCAUUGUACAUCAGCGAACUCAUAGUGGAAACAAACCCUAACAAUGCAAUGGACGUGGUCAUGCCUUUGGAAAGAAAAUAUGUCUUGUACACCAUCAGCAAUUUCACAGUAUAGUUUUUAUGUGUAUUGAGUAUGAAAAAUCAUAUUUCAAAAUCCAGUGUUAUCCACUAGGAUAAAUGCUAUCAAUGUCAAAAAGGCUUCAACAUGAAUUCAGGCUCUGAAAUCUUUGAUGUACCAAUGUAUAGAAAAUAACUCAGAGAGAUUCUGUGGAUUGGGGGUAACCUUUCAUUUGUCAACCUUCAUUAAAACUAUGACAAUGUCCACAUGUGAAAUGUGUAAGGUACAUAGUCCUUUUGCAGAGAAUUUGAACUGAUUACAUACAAGCAAACUCACGCAGAGAGAAAACCAUGUUAGUAAUGUGAACUGAGCCGGGCAUGGUGGCUCACGCGUGUAAUCCCAGCACUUUGGGAGGCCGAGGUGGGCGGAUCACAAGGUCAGGAGAUCCAAGACCAUCCUGUCGAACAGAGUGAAAC